CCCGAGGCCCCUCCUGCCUGCUGGAAAAGCCAUAAAAAACCUCGCCGAGGCGCGCAGCCCCACACUGGAGAGCCGACCCACUCACAAGGCAGCGGCGGCAGCGGAUUCCGGAGUCGGAGAGAAGAAGCGAGAGGCGCAACUCCACGGACAGAAGAUGCAGGGGACCAUGCGAUUGUGGCUGUCAGUGAUGACGCUUGCCCUGUGCUUGCUGAUCUGUCUGGGAACACUGGCAGAAGCCUAUCCAUCCAAACCGGACAGCCCUGGUGAGGAUGCGCCUGCAGAGGACAUGGCCAGAUACUACUCAGCUCUGAGGCAUUACAUCAACCUCAUCACACGGCAGAGGUAUGGAAAACGAUCAAGCCCAGAGACACUGAUUUCUGAUCUUUUGUUGAGAGAAAGCACAGAAAAUAUUCCUAGAUCUAGGUUUGAAGAUCCUGCAAUGUGGUGAUGAAAAUAAGAGCCUGUCUUCAAUGUUUUCCUAGUUUUCUGACCAUACCCCAUUGCUAGAAGACCAGUCAUAGUUUCGGUCCAAGUGCAUGCAGCCAUCAUAUUGAACUCUGUAGUUUUUCCUUCAUCAUCCUUGUACAUACAUUUAUUUAAAUAAAUUAUUUGUGCACUCUAAAUGGUAACAUUUUAAAUGGGAGAGAGAGAGAGAGAGAGAGAGAGAGAGAGAGAGAGAGACCCAUUCACUCUACAAUGGGUAAAGAUUUGUUUUGAGCUAUUAAAAUUGAGUUACAACCUCCUUCCUGUCUAAAGUAGCAUGAACAAUAAUAAUCGUGUCAACUCUAAUAGUUGUAAAAAGUGGCAUUUGUUUAACAUUUUAUCUGGUCUUGAGGCUCACUUUUAUUUGUUUCAUGACAACUACUGCCCAUGACACAACUGAGAAAAAUAAAAUGAUGUGGAAAGUGCA